CGUUCCACCUGUUGAAAGUGCGCGUCCAACGUGCGCGCGCUCCACAGCACGACGCGAUCAGCAGCGCGCGCGGUGAAACAAUGCGCGUUCCCCGCUCCUUUAAACCUCAUGAACUCUCAGUUUUUACACAAAUAUGGCAAAAAGCGACGCUAGAGGAGAUACUAAUUCAGAAAAAGUUAGCUAACUAACCCUUUCUCAGUCGCGACGCUUGGUGUGAGGAAGGUGUGAGGAGUUCCAGCGACGCUGCAGAGGUUUUCAGGUUUGAAAAACAUCCUGUGGAUUAUAAUAAAGUCUUCAUUAUGGCCAUGGAAUGUAUCAAAAACUGCUGCAAGAUUUUUCUGCUGAAGGAGAAAGAACCAGAGCCUCAAAUCAUUACAGUUCGACCCUUUGCAUCGGUGCCAGAAGCCAAAGUUCAGAAAAGUGCGUUGGGUGUCUCAGAGGAUUAUCUUCUCUCCAAAUUGCCUCCUGAUGGCAAAGAAAUACCCUUUGUACUCCCUUCGUUCAGAUCCUCCUACAUACAGCCACAAGGGAUGCAGUACUCCAGCUACCAGGCCGGACUACACGGUUCAGCAAGAGCCACAUAUGCAGAGAGGAAGGCAGAGCUAUCUUCUGCGGGUCAAUUCACAUAUGACCCCACUUACCCCUUUAACCCGGGUCAUGUGAUCAGCGACAUAUCCCCGAGAACCAUGAGACGACCCCUGCUGAGAGGCGGACACACAUUGGCCUUCGACCAGGGCGUACAGCAGAGACUCAGCACCUCCAUGUUGGAUCUGUCGGGUCCUCACGGCCACAUUCAGCGCUAUGACUCAGUGACCAGUGUCCCGAGCAGCACAUCCUCCAUUCGGGAUUCCUUUGGGAGCAGCCGUAGCAUAGAAUCCAGCACAGUGUCCAGUGAUGACCGAGAGCGGGAUUUGGGGAAGGUGUGUGUGCGCGUGAGCUACCAGGAAGCAGUGGAGCAGGUGUGGAUCACGCUGGUGCAGUGUAAGGAUCUGUGUGUAUUCUCGGACGGUGGUGAGCAACAGAGGGUUGGCUUUAAAGGGGUCAUCACCAUGGCAAAGCCUGUGCAGUUUAAGACUUCAGUAAAAGAAGCGACAUCAGACGUGGUGUUUAUGGAGACGUUCGUAUUCACUCUAAACCUGGAGCAGCUGCACGGUUGUGCACUGGUGCUGCGACUGCAGACACACACCCCUCGCAAGCGCACGCAGGGCCAGUGUGUGUUAUCUCUCCGGACGCUCGCAUCGCAGGAGACUGAGCACUGGCUGGACCUGAGUCCACCAUGCAAGACACACGUUUGUCACGCUGAGCUCCAGUUAUCCACCUGCUUCCAGCCGGUCAACAGCCGAAUCCAACUCCAGAUCCUCACCGCUCAGAACCUACCAUCAUCAUCCUCACUCCUCACACAGAGUUUCUUUGUGAAAGUCGAGAUGUACAGCGACGGACGCUUUAUAAUGAAGAGGAAGACGAAGCUGGUGAAGCCGUCCGGAGGGCAGGUGCAGUGGGCGGAGUCAGUGCUCCUGCCAAUCACCAGUCAGGACUUCAGCAUCCAGCUGUCAGUCAGACUCUACAGCCGUGGAUCUAUACGCAGGAAGUACCUGCUCGGACAGGUCGUCCUGGGUUUCGACAGCUCCUCACCGGAGGCUGUGGAGCAGUGGACCGACUCCAUCACACACCCAGAGAAAGUGGUUACGGCAUGGCACAGACUGAGCCACUCCUGAGAAAGAGAGAGACCAGACGGAAAGACAAACAGGUGGACUGGGUGUGCACCAGACACCGGACACGGGACUGGAGCAGUGAAAACACACACACACACACACACACACACACACACACAUAUUUAUACACUGGGUCUCGUUUAUCAAACUGGGUGUGUACAAAUUUAUGCACAGGAGCAUUUACACAGGAAAUCUGGCUUUAAUGAAAAUCCACUUAUUUGGGAAAAAUGUUUGUCUCCUACAUUUGUUCCUAAAAUUCCAUAUAAGGAUUCUCACUGAUGUAAACCACGAAUGACUGGUUACAAACCGUAUCUCUGGCGAUGAGUUACUGCGAUUUUAUUAUGGAUUAUUGAGUUUAAAUCGCUUAUUUAUUUCAAUUACACGCUAAUUUAACGAACAUUUUGUGAAACUAAGUCAUUUCAUAUUAAUCCAAGUAACCUAAAACAAAUCCAUAAAUUAAGGCAAAUAUGAUGAGACAUUAAAUUGUGAUAAAAGUAAUGGCACCCUAUAAAAGGAGGAAGUGUUAGAGUUAAUGAGUGUCUUUGCUAGCUGACGUGCUGCAGUGGCUGAGCUGCAUUACUGGAAGAUUUAACCGUUUAUUCACCAAUUUGUCAUUUUCAGCUCUCUUUGCAUUUUAUUGAGUUUGGUGGGCGUGACUAAAUGUAAAUGUGCCACGAACAUGCUUGGUAAUUUACGGCUGAUUGACAUUUAUUAACAUACACAUGUGAGUACGAAGACAAUUAGUGAAACUUUUGUAAAUCUGGAGGCUGAAAAUAUUUACACAGAAUUUUACUGAAAGAUUGAUAACCUGCUGCUCUUUAUAUAUACAGUACAUGCUGUAUGUAUGUCAUGUCUUUAUCUGAGUUUUCAAAUAUACUUAUGUUAACGACAUGUACAUUGUUCUCUGUCUAGAAGUAUUUAAACAACGGCUGUAUAGAUUUACAGAGUAAAGUAUUAUCAUGAAUAUUUACAUGAUGCUGUCAGACGUCUCUGUACGGUGUUUAUUAUUAACAUUAGUGAAUGAGUUUCUCUCUCUCUUUUCCCUCAUGCCUCUGUUCAUUUUAGUUAAAGAGGAAAGUGUGGCCUGAGUGCCUAUGAGUCCUAAUAAAGUGGGUGUGGCCUCAGUGUAUGUCAAGUUUAUAAUUGGCUGCUCUGCUUUUGAUGAUCCAGAGACACCUGUCACUUGUCUGACUGUUCUUAUGAAGGAGGUGUAGCUUUUGUUCUUUCAUUUACAUGUCAGUCUCAAUGGAUAUGUGUGGCUUUUGUGUCUGGCAGUCCUAAUGGUGGAAGCGUGGCCUCUAUGUCUGGGAGACCUAAUGGAGGAGGCGUGGCUUCUGUGCUUGUCAGUUACACUUAAAGAGAUGUGGUUCAUCUGCUUUCAGUCCUGGUGAAGGAGGCGUGUCUUCUGCAUCUGUCAGCCUUAGUGAAAAGGCUUCCCGCUUCUCUAAUUAAUACUUUUUAAAAUUCCAAACAGCUGGUUAUUUUUUUGCAGAAAACUGAAUCACACACUAAUUUGUGAUGUUGAAACAUAUCUCAAACUUUAUUGUGUUGGCUGUUUACUUCCUUUGUACAUCACAUUGUCUCAGUGGGAGCGAGAGAUCUAGCACAGUCCUAGAUUAAAAUCGUACAUAUCUCUUUCCUGCUGUUAAUGAUGCUGUCGAUUACGGAUUAGAUUUUAACGGGUUAAUGAUGUGGGACUGCAGCUUUCUUAGAGACAGAACUGUAAUUUAACGUUACCUAAGCUUCACAGAAAGCGUCCUCAAAAUCCAAAGCCCUUGUUUCUGGGUCACAGGCGGCUGACACACAACUUUUAUUUUUUGAAGGUAAAUAGAUCGAGUUUCGAGAAAAUUCAAUCCUUCAAUCUGUCCUGCUGUACAGAGAAAGAGAGAGAGAAAGUGUGUGAGAAAGAAGGACAAAGAAAUACUUGUUUGUUAGCAUGAAGUGUUCAUCUUUCCUGUAAUGUCUGUAACAAAAAUGUGUGUUUGUUCCUGAAACUAACUUUAAAUGACCAUUUCAUUGUGCACAUGUACACACUAACAUCGCGUUUACGUAGAGCAGUAGAUAGUCGUUAUGUCUUUAAUGGUAUAUAACUGACAUUUUAGUGUAUGUUUAGAUUUUAUAGCUUCUCAAUAUAUAAAAGAUUGAUUUCUUUCUUUUUUUGCAACCUGACAUCACAUCUACUAAAGCUGGGUCAGAAAUAAAUGUGAAAUUAUACAUAUUAUUUUAAUAUGUAUAUUUUUUUAGAAAUUGUUGUAUUGAUGUGUGUAAUCAGUGGGAAGUGAUAGAUCUUCUGUAACAUAUAGAGCAAAAAUAGUAUACUAUGUUAUAUCUGUUGUUAUAAUGCUAUACAAUGUUAUAAUUAGUUGUCUGUUGUCAUCUGCUCAUUUUAAAAUGCUUUACUACUAAAGUAAAAUCUGCUCAGUUGUGGUUCUAUGGAUAUAUCAUUACACUGAUGGCUAGGAUAGAGGGGUGCCAAUACUUUGCACAGAUCGCAGUGAUCCUUGGGCUGUUAUCCAGCAAAGAUUUAAUACUAAAGUUCCAUUUGUAGUUUUAUACGUUUAACUAUUAUUUUUCACUUGAGUAUUAUUUUUCAAUACUCUUUACAAACUGUGUGUGUGUGUGUGUGUGUAUAUAUACACACAUAUCAGUAGUGUGUGUAGGUGUGUUUUGCAUGCUGAAGUGGAUUGCUAGUGUGUGUCUGCAUCCGGGAAGCUUUUUUUUUUUUUUUUUAAAUUGACAUCAUCAUUUACGCAAAGGCUGUUUAAACAGAGUUAAUGGUUACUGCUAAAGACACACCUCUCUCUCUCUCUCUCUCUCUCUCUCACACACACACACACACACACACACACACAUUCUUAGUUUGGGAUUCCAAAUACAACAUUAUCUACAGAUAAUCAUUGUGUGUAAAAAUACUUUCAGUGGAAAGGUGUGAAAAUAUUUAAGGAUCAUUAAUCAGCUACAUUUUGGAGGUUCCUGAUUUGCUAAAGGUUUUGUGUGUGUGUGUGUGUGUGUGUGUGUGUAAAAAUGUGCAAAUUUGAGAACAAACACAAAGAAAGUACGGAUUUGCUAACAGGAUUUAUGGAGAAUUGUGUCUUUCACAUGUACAAUAACAUGUCUAGUUUGUUUAUUUGCUUUACUGAGUGUACAUUUUGUGAUGUUUCUACCUAGAAGUCAUAAAAAAACCCAAAAAACA